GUACUUCAUCUCACUCCAGCCCACUUUAUACUCCAUCUCACUCCAAGCAUAGUCUUAGGUUUGACAUCAGUCUUGAACUCAGUCAACAUGUCUUCCUCAGAGAAUAAUCAUGUCUCUCGGACACCAGACACCGAAGGAGACUUCAGCUCUCCCAACUCGCGUGUCUAUGUCCGUACACCUAUGGCAACAAUCAGCAGCACCACAGGGCUCAAGUCAACAGUCCACACUACCUCCGUUGACGAGAAGGACUGUUCCCAUCAAGAGGGUCAGCAACGCCAGUACCAAGAACAGCGUCAACAUCAGUAUCGACAGCAGUAUCAACCGCGGUAUCGCCAGUCCAGCUAUGCCAGCAGUCGCAGCAGUCUUGCCAAUGAAGUCAUCUUCGACCAUGAAGACUCCCCUCCUCCGCUGAAAGACAACAACGGUCCCUUUCACCCUGCCAGCCCCUAUGCCAAAGAUGAUCAAAGCCAUGGCCUGGGCAUCAACGCCGAAGAAAGCUGCCUGCAUCAUGAACAGCGAGGCACACGAACAGUCUCCAGCCCAGUAGGCACAAGCGGCAAGUACGGCAAGACCACAGAACAACCCCUCGCUGGGGUGAACUGGCGAGACCGCAGCGUGAGUUAUGGUGACAGCUACGGGGGACGGUGGUCUUCCAACCUACGGGGGUCAGCUGCCAGUGAGAGCUAUGGCCCAAACAGGUUCUACCCUCCCGGCUACUACUUCUCUCCUGCGAACCGUUGGAAUCCAAGCUUCCGCUCUUACAAGUCGUCAGCGAGCACAGAUCUUCUUGCCAGCCUCACAAGCAACACCAGAAAAGCCCCUUUCGCUGCACAACCUUCUUCGACAAACCGAUUCCACGUGUUCCAAACGUUGAACAACAACAACAACAACAACCAGACCGACGAGAACGACAAAAAGAUGUCGCACUGUGACAAGUCCGGAACCUUCGGCGUUGUCGGAGACGGCCGCUUCGGCGCCAGACCCACUCCCGCUGCCCCCGCCCCGCCUGUCCUCACCUCGAUCGGUGCCUCCGGCUUUGCCUCAGGCAGGAUGAUGAGUCACCCCGGCGGGAACGACUCUGGAAUCUCGGGCUUUGCCCAACCCCAACCCUCCGGCCCCGCCUACCACCCGGACGCCCUCUCCUCCCAGCUCCGGUCCUUGUCCUUCCACUCCGGCGCCGCCACCGCCGUCCAAGCUCCUGGCCCCUUUUCCGCUGCCCAGCAGCACCCCUUCCCGGGCCAGCAGCACCCCUUUUUCCCUCAGCCUGCCGCCGCCCCCUUGUUUCCCGCUGGCUUUCGCCCCCUCGCGUCCGUUCCUGAAACCGUCGUCGUCCGAGCUGGUCCCUCCUCCUCCGGCGCCCUCGUCCCAGCCCCUGGGCAGCCCUUUUUCUUCCGGCCGAUGGAGUGCCGCACUCACCGCCGCCUGACCGACCUCGAGUCCUACGACUUGAUGAUCAAGGGGUUCAGCCCCAACUACAAGGGGAACCCGGACCUGGACCGGAACCGGAGCGCGACCAUCCCCGAGGACAUGAACUGUUCUCUCUUCCUGGUGGGCUUGCCCGCCGAUGUGACGACUCACGAGCUGCUUGCUGGGGUGAGGAACGUGGGACGGGUGUACGCCACCCACAUCAACCCCCCUGAGCCGGAGAAGGGCCACGAGCAGAGCGCGGCCAAGAUUGUGUUUUUCGAGAGGAGUGCUGCCGAACGCUUCUUCCGCCAAACCACAACCCAGGGCUUCCGCAUCCCAACCCGCGCUCCUCCCCACAACCCCGCCCGCGUGACCUGGAACCGCAUCCGGUCCGCCGAAGUCGACAUCAACGGCUCAAAGUCUCGCGUCCUCCUCAUCUCCGGACCCCCCCACAUCGUCAACGAGCAGCACCUCCGCGAGUACUUCGACAACAAGCUCAUCUACCAAGUCGACGAGAUCAUCGUCCAUCACCCCGGCGCCGUCCCUGCCGCCUUGCCCGCUCUCCCCGGUUCCUCUGCUGCCAAUCCCUCGACAGGCAACCUCUCUAGCUCUGGUGGUCCCCGCGCCCCAGCCGGCCUAUUGGCCUAUAACGACGUCCCUUCCGGCGCUCCCGUUGCCAGCCACAGCAACAUCUCUUCCAGCUCGGGCGGUGUUCCCACCGGUUAUAACAAUAACAGUUCUUCUUCCUCCUCGGGUCUCGCCCCCAAUAUCAAUGUUGCCGGCCACAGCAACAUCCCCCUCGCCGCCGGUCCUCUCAUCCUCGGCAACAACGACAACAACGACAACAACGUCAACAACGACAACAACGACAAUAACGACAACAACGACAACAACAACAACAACAACAGCAGCAGCAGCGGCGACGACAACAACAACAACAACAACAACAACAACAACAGCAACGACAACAACGACAACAGUGGCGCCAGCGGCUUCAGCCCCGGCCACUCCAAGUCCGCCUCCAGCAUCAGCUCCGGAAGCCACAGACCCAGCUCUCUCCUGGGCCAGCUCAAGGGCGAUAGAGCCCUCAUCGAGUUCCGCUUCGGCAGUUACCGCUGCCAGUCCGAGGCCGCCCGCAUGGCUCUCGUGAGAGAGUUUAGGGAGUUUGGGGUCUUGUGCGAGUUUGGGAGGGAUCCUUGUGAUCGUGUAGAGGAGAAGGAGGAAGGAAAGGGGAAGGGGAGAGAGGAGGAGCAGCAGGUGGAGGUUUAUUUGGGUGGUGGUGGAGAUGGUUGUGAGGACCACCACCCUUUCUGGAGGGGAGGAGAAGCUGGGAUGGGUGGUGGUGCGUUUGCCGGCGGUGCUGGUGUUGGGGGUGAUGCGUUUGCUGGCGGCGAGGGGGGCUUCGGCUCCGUGUUCACUCCGGGUGCGGGCGCGCACCUGUCCGCGACGACCCCGGCUGGGGGUUACUUCCAGUCGCGAGCUCAGAGCGACAGCGUGCGCGCCCUGUGGGGUGAUGCUCGUGAGAGGGCGUGAGGGGAAGUUUGAGUUUUCGGGGAGGAUUCUGUUUCGGGGUUUUUUUUUGGUUUUUUUUUUUUUGGUUUUUUUCUUCUCUGCGAUGGCCGACGGCUUCCUGAGUUUGGAGGGGGUGAGAGAAUGGUCGGGGGGGUUUUGGUGGUCUCGCCGGGAAAUGCCAAAGUUGCGCCAAUUGGCGCUUUAAUAUCUUUUUGUUUUUUCCUUUUGUUCAUGGAGAAUGGCAUUUGGAGAUGGGGUCAGGAAAUAAAUAGCAUUGCAACUGUGGGAAUACCAAGACUUUUCGGACAUCAA